ACAAAAAAGAAAAAAAUCUACACGGCUAUCGUAUGCUCAGCCCACAAAGAGAAAUAGUAUUGGAGAGGCAGGGCAGCAGGGCAGAGGUGCAGAUGAAAAGAGCCUAGAGAAACUACGUCUACAAGCUCAGAUACACAACUCCCAGACCUCCAGAAUAAAGAUGAAUGGACAGAAGCAGUGGACACGGUUGGCUGUGAUGGCACUCCUGGUGCUAACACUGAUGACAGCUGAAGGAGGGAAAGCAGACAAACAAGGGAAGAAGGAGCGCAAGUCGGACUGCGGGGAGUGGCAGUGGAGCGUGUGCGUAGCCAACGAAGGGGACUGCGGACUCGGCACCAGGGAGGGAACGCGCACCGGCACCGACUGCAAGCAAACCAUUAAGACCCAGCGCUGCAAGAUCCCCUGCAACUGGAAGAAGAAGUUUGGGGGAGAAUGCAAGUACGAGUUCCAGGACUGGGGGGAGUGUGACCUGGCGACGGGCAAAAAGAACAGGACGGGCGUGCUGAAGCGAGCGCUCAUGGACGCGACCUGCGCCGCCACCGUCACCGCCACCAAGCCCUGCGGGAAAAUGCCCAAGACCAAGCUGCAAGAUGCAAAGAAGCAAAAGAAGGAAGGCAAGAAGCGAGAUCGCACCCAAAUGGACUGAUGAGGCUGCUGACGCAGGGAGGAAGGAAGGAGUGGGUGGGAAAUGUCCACUGCCCUAUUUCAACACGGUUCCUCUUUGUCCUGUAGGUUGACAGUAGGAACCUAUAGAGUUUGAUGAAACCAGUGGAAAUCUGACUUUUAGUGACAACUCCUGUUAAUUUCCUUCUUUUUAGCACCUGAUCAGAAAAAAGUUGUACGUUGCGGUAGGAGUUAUAAUACUCAGCUGUAGGGAUGCAUAAUGAAUAAGGAGAUUUGUUUAUUAGUGUUCUCACCUAAUGAUGUUUCUAGGAUUAUUUUUGCAAAGCAAAUUGGAUAGGAUUUGUUUUGCACUUUGCAUAGUCUAACUCUAAUUUGGAGAACUCCUUGGUUCACGGCCCGACGUAAUUAAGCUGUUUGCUAAAAGUGAAGCUCUGAACAUCUUCACAAAUUAAUUAGAGGCAAAAAAAAUCCUGCAUUUCCAAUUUUUCAAGUGUCUUAUGUAAUUGUAAGUCCCAACACAGGGUAAUGUGUUUUCCAGGAACAAUAACUGCAGAAAAUAGCCUGUAUUGUACAUUUGUAGUUUCCUCUCCUCCUGCUGCUCUGAUGUACCUGUUUAUACCCACAAAGUGAUUACUCUCCUGCUCCUGGCUGUUCAAAACCCCUCAGCGUCUGAGUUCUCAGUUGGAGGUACAGUAACAAUCCCUUUGCUUCUUAUGUGUCCAAAAAUAAACAUGAAUGAAGUGCAAAAAAUUAAUAAAAGGUAGAAAACA